GGUCUUUCCCCGUGACGUCAGAGUCCAAUAUAUGACGGGCUAGAGGAAAGGAGCCGCCGGGAAGCUUUCGGGAGGAAGGGAGUCAGGUGGAUUUGUCAUCAGGGGAGGGUAUAAGGGAGAUGAAGAGUCUGGAACCAAUAUGUCUGCUGUCAGGCCCAGUCGUCACUACAAUCACGGCUCGCGCUCUCAUUGGUGGGCGGCCGAACCCUCUACGAUCCUUUGGCAAUUGCAGCAGUCGGGCGCGAAAUAGAUUCAACGGUAUACAUCAGCGCCAUUAGGAGCACUGUCAAUUCCAGAAGCACCGAGGGACCCCGUGGUUGGUUGGGGAGCCAGAAUUUCAAUUUUUAGCCCCCGUGAGCGUCAGUCUUUGGUGACAGAGGACAAAAAGUGGAGGUUGAGAGGCAGUAUGGCUGAUGCUGUGGUGGGAUCCGUCGCCCCAGUACCUCGUCAGAUAGGCUGUGGUCAGGUCGCGUCCUCCCACAUCGCCAGUCCUCCCUACUCCGAGUUCUUCACCUCUUUGCCCCAGAGCCACACCCCUCCGGCUCAGUACGCCCACACCUACGCCCACCACCAAGUCCAACAGGGCAUUCGAGGCGGGGGCGGCAGCGGCGGCAACAGCAGCGGCGGUGGCGGUGGGGACCUGGGCUGCAACAGUCCUCCCUCGGCCACUUCCAUAGGCAGCUUGACCCAGCUGGGUCAAGUGACGAACCAGGUGACUAGCGGACCCAAUCACCUGGCGGAUUACGGAGCGGCCUUCACGGCAGGCGUUCCCGCCUCCCUGCCGACGGCGGCGGCAGCCAGCGGCAGCAGCUCUACCACCAUCAACACGAUCAGCAACUCCAACAACAACAAUUCGUCGGGGCACGUGGCUGCGGCAGCUGCUGCAGCUGCUGGGAACGUCAGGACGGUCAACAUGCAGCAGGGCGGGUAUUGCGAGGAGGAGGAACUGCCUUCCUGCGCCUUCGCCCAUCCACACCUUCACAGUCUUCCAUUCCUCGUCCAUGGAGGCGAGGAGGGAGAGGAAGAAUAUUACCCGACAGGAUCUCCCUACAGGGUACAGCGCCAUGCCGCUAACAUAAGGGAAAGGAAAAGGAUGCUCAGUAUAAACUCAGCUUUUGAAGAACUGCGCACGCACGUCCCCACCUUCCCCUACGAGAAGCGACUGAGCAAGAUCGAUACCCUCCGCCUGGCCAUCGCCUACAUCGCCCUUCUGCGGGAACUCCUGACGACGGAGUUUGAUCCCAUCAGCCACAUCGAGAAGGGACUUCGAGGGGAACUGCCGUCGGAUCAGUGUCACAUCUGGAAUACGAGUGAUUUAACAGCCAGAUUAUCUUGGAUCAACUGGGAGAAUUUGGGCGUCAGCCCGAAUCGGAGAUCGAUGUUCUCUUCGCUGUCCCUCACAUCCGAUGCUCUCAAUAACUGAUCUCAGUGAUGAUCAGAAUAAAAGAAAAAAAAAAAAAAGAUCAGACGAGGAACGUGGAACAUGUAACGAGGAACGUGAAGGUUUGUACAGGGAAUAUGCACAAUGAACGUACGAUGGACAGUCUUUCUCGAAGCUGAAAUAGAUGAUGACUUACCUUCAGCAAACUUUGGAUAAGUCGUCGUUCUUUUGGAUACGCGACUGUUGAAUACUACAUGCAAGUCGUGCCAAUCAGCAUACAUGACGAUUUGAAUGCGCGGCGGUCGUGAAAAUGAACGUACACGACACGAAUGCACGUGAAAAAAAAAAUGUCCAAAAAGUAAAGUGAAAAUGGAAAUGUGGUGUAUUUUAUCAAACUUAAGGAUGCAAUGUUUUUGGCAAGAAUGGGUCAUGUUACCAAAGGUAAGUGUGAUUUAGGAAUGUGCUGUUCGGAAUUAUGAUGUUCAAGUAGUUAUAUUUUUAUUCCCGUGUCUGUCUGAAAUUCUAGAGUUUUCGGGUCAAUCAUUUUCAAGAACCGAGAAUCUCAUAGGUCUUACGAGAGCCUUAAAUUUGACUCCAGUCGUGUUCAGCUGCUCUUUCCAAACCUUUUGUUUAUUUUACUUCCAUUUGCUGUUCGUGAUUGUUAAUUCGCAGUUUGGAUCGGUGUUCUGAUAAGUGAAAAAGAAAGUGCAGAUUCAUUUCUCAUGCUUUUACAUAUCCAGCAUCAACAUGGGAUUACUAUGAUUGUGGAUGCACUAGAAUUAAAUUCAUAAUAUCAUCUUUAAUUAGUUUUUGGUUUUUUUCACUGGUUCAGAAAGUGGCAUUUGAGCGCUAUGAGAAUAUUUCGGAAAGUGGUUCAGAUUAUAAAUUUAACUCCCUUAGAUAGCUCAGUGAAGAUCACACAGUGCAUAAGGUGAUAAGUUUUAACAAUGAAAAAUAAACAGGA